AUGUAUAAAUUGAAGAAGCAUAGUAAGGAUAUUGACUGGUAUUGGAUGACAUUUUACCAAGUAACAAGCUUACUUCGAGCGUGUCUGGACUUCAAUAGUUUUUCUUUCAACAACAAACUGUACCAACAAGGUCGAGGAUUGGCUAUGGGGAGCCGCCUUGCACCAAUGUUAGCAGUUAUUUACAUGGAUUCUAUUGAAUUUCCAGCUCGUAGUCUUUCCAAUAUCUGUUUCUAUCGUUACAUUGACGAUAUAAUUGUUCUGGCUGCGUCAAAGGAGGAUUUGAAUGAGAUUUUCCAAUGUCUCAAUUCACAAUCCAACUUCAUAAAACUAACAAGGGAAGAGCCUACCAAUGGUUGGCUUCCUUUCCUAAAUUUCGAAUUACGCAUCCAGGACAAUUCUAUUGUUCAUCGCUGGUAUCGGAAACCAAGUAGUAAGAAUUUGCUGGUACGGUUUGAUUCUUUUCAUCCCAUCAAACAAAAGUCGAAUAUCGUAGUCAAUACGAUUCGAACAGCAAAAUCUUGCUCUACUUCGGAUAAUAAGUCCUAUUCAGAAAAUUUGGCGUUAAGAGUAUUGGAGAAAAACGGAUACAAUAUUUCUAAACAAAAAUCUAAUAGACCUUUCUAUCAAAAACGAGUAUCCGUUCAAACCAAUGUAGAUCAUUGUAUUAUGACUAUUCCUUUCAUGGGUGAUAUGGUCACGAAACGGAUUCGGAACAUUCUGAAAGAAUUUGAACUGGAUACACAAGUGGUUGAACUCAAAGGGAGGUCACUUAAAGAUAUCUUGGUCAAAAACAGAUGUUUCGAAUCUACCUGCAAUCAUCGUGACUGUAGAAUCUGUGAAAAAUUCGGAAUAGGAAAAUGUAAUGUGAAAGGCGUAAUUUAUAAAAUCACAUGUGACUGCGGGGAAUUUUAUAUUGGAGAAACAGGCCGACCUUUUGAGUCUAGGUUUGCGGAACACAGACGUGCCUGCAAUAAACCUAUGACUAAGUCUUAUAGUUCGAGUGUUUGGGCAAAACAUUCUAAGGAAAAACAUGGUGGAGAGGCUUUGGUGAUUGAUGUUGAUAUUCUGGAAGUCGAACGCAAUACUAAUAUUCGGAAGAUCAGAGAAGGGGUUUUGAUAAAACAUCACAAUUCUUCAUUAAACAAUAAAGAGGAACUCUCGGAUAUGAUCACAAGGCUUGGAACAAUCCAAAUACCAAAUUCUUUCUAA